AUAUGUAAAUAUAUCAUCAUAAAUAUAAUUUCUUAUUUCUUUUUUCAAGUAUUACAGAAGGGGAAAACAACAAUGAAGUUCAUCUACUUUGUGGGGUUGGUUGUGGUGGUUGUAAGUGCUUUUGGGAUUGAGAAAAGUGCUUAUGGAGCAACCAACGCUUGUGGAAAGUCCAGUCCAGACAAUGAGGCAAUGAAGUUGGCUCCGUGUGCUGUGGCUGCUCAAGAUGAGAAAGCAGCUGUCUCUGACAGUUGCUGUCUUCAAGUGAAGAAGAUUGGUCAGAACCCUUCUUGUCUCUGUUCUGUUCUUCUUUCCAAUACUGCCAAGAGCUCUGGUAUCAAGCCUGAAAUAGCCAUUACUAUCCCAAAACGCUGCAACUUCGAAAAUCGCCCAGUGGGGUACAAAUGUGGACCUUACACAUUGCCAUGAUGGGAUAUGAUGUGAUGAUGUUUUAUGGAGCAUACAUUAAUUUAUAACAAGACUGUUAGCUAUUAUUAAUGUUGUUGUAAGUAAAACUAUGUGUCACUCUCUUAGUAGAGAAAUAAAAGCUGACAGCUUGUGUUGCUUUGUUGUAUCUUUUAUUGGAUAAUAAAACAGAUUAUUAUUGUUAUAAACUUCAA